CUCUGCUAUCUGGACAAAAUCAACUCCUCAACCCCUCUCGACCUCGUUACGAACCUUUCGCUCGCUUUUUGUUUUGGCACCAAGUUCUCUUGUGCCUUGUUUUAUGUAUGUAUCCCAUUGGUCGCACAUAGUUGAUAUUCGGGUUCAUUAGCGCCCCUAUCUAGAGUUCCUGUAUAGAGAAUACGAUGAGUUGGAAGUACCGUUAUUGAUAGCUUUUAUUUUUUUUAGUUUUUCUUCGUCACCUUCGAUUCACUUUUCUUACAAUGGCUGGUCCCGGCGGUGGUCCCCCACGACGCAGCCACACAAAGUCUCGCAAAGGCUGCGAGAACUGCAAACGCCGACAUAUUCGGUGUGAUGAAAACUUUCCUCAAUGUCGGAACUGUACUAAACACAAGGUCCGAUGCCCCUAUAAUGAUGUGUCCGUCCCUGAUGAGAGAGCUACGACUCCGGAUAAGCCUGAUCUCAUGUGGACGCCCGAGAUCGAGGCGAAUAUCGCGGAAUGGAAACGCACCGGCAUUUUCCCAUUCCCCAACCUCGUGUAUCCCGCGCCUUCACCGCAAUACUACACUGUCGAGGAGCUGCGCUUGAUUUACCAUGUUGCGUCUAUCUGCCACGACCUGAAUGCGAUUGAUGCCAACAAUUUCACUCUAUGGACUCGCCAGAUCCCCACAAUUAUUGCAAUUGGUGCGACACAGCGCUACGUCAUGCAUGCUCUGCUCGCAUUUUCUGCCGAGCACAUUGCUUUCCUGACAACCUGCCCCUUGGUCGGAAACAUGGCCUACGAGCACCGUGGCAUCGCCUUCAAUGGGUUACAGGAGGCCAUCGGGAAUUUUUCACCGGAGAACUCUGACGCCGUCCUGGCUGCAUCUCUCGUCCUUUCAUGGCAGGCUACAGAUUGGCGGAGCUGGACCCAGCUAAUGCAAGGAACCUCGUCGAUUAUCGAUGCCAUUGAGCCUUGGAAGCACAAAUCCCAGUUUGGAGAGUUCAUCGCAGAAAGCAGCACGUUCCCCACUGCUCCUCCUUCCCCUCAGCCGGACCGUAAACCUAAUCAGCCCGACAAAGCGGACUUGGAUGCAUUUCAGCGCACCAUCAAUCAUCUAGCUAAGGUGGAGGCCCAUCUCAAACAGAACAAGGAGGAUCCCCAGCUCAUUCAGCAGCUUGCUUCUUUCCUCAAAGGAGCUCGCAAGGUCAGCCCUAUUCAAUCUAUUGAAGAUCAAUUUGACCGACUUCGACCUCUGCGAACCUGGCUUUUCUGGCUGCCAGUUGGUUGUCUGAAGGAAAAUGGAGCUUCGCCAAGUGCCCUGUUAGUCAUCGCGCAUUACUACACCGCUGCCAUGAUGAUGGAACGCCUCUUCCCGGAAAUCGGUGCUGCUUACUUCGGCAGCAUGGCAAUCGGACCAGUUGAAGAGAUUGCGCGACGACUUCUUUCAAUCAACGUUUCGGGCAGUCUUGAUGGAGAUGUUCAAACACCACUACCGCUGAUGGAGUUUGCCGUCGACACGAUCGGCGAGUUUCGUUCACGAUUGGGCUGGGUUCAGCCGACGCGUACACAGUCCUUUCCCCAAUUCGAUCCGCCCAACUUUUACAUGAGUGAGCAUGGGACGCCGCCUACUACAACGUACAUGCCUUAUGGUGAUAGUCCCGCUUUCAGCUGGAGUACAGAAGAUCUUUCUUCUAUGCUUACAUCCGAGCCGGAGUGUGGAAAUGGGGUGACCCCUUUGACAAUCUCGUCUCCUUACCACAAUGGCCAGUAUCUCAGCAUCCCAUCUCCUUCGUAUGGGGGAUAUAGCCCAGCAUCAUCGACAUUUGGUGAAGGAUCUAUUGUGUACAGCGACAACGAGGACUUCAGCUCAUUCGACACGGGUAUGGCAGAAUAUCCCCAUAUGGUUGAACAGGGGCAUGGCAAUUUUGGUGUAGGGUUCGUCUCUCCAUUCCAAUCCGUUUGGGUCUAAGUGGCAACACUCAUGGGCAUGCUACCAAUACGAGAAGCGCACAAGUGAUUAACAUUUACGCUCAGGACCACUCGCGCUCAGCAUGCUCAUUCAUCGAGUCACCCUACGC